AGAACUGCGGCUCAAGUGGUCAGAACAUUUAAGCCGCUUCGUGUCGCAUGUUCACCUUGCAAGUAUUACCAUCUUUGGCUUUGACUGGUGCGCUGGUUGCGGAGCACUUUGCUGAAGGCUCCGCAGUUCAAUGGCCGGAUGGCCCUUUGCCUUCCAUCGAGGCUGCUGAGCUGUUGGCUGAAAGCCAAAGAGCUAGAAACCAACAGCCCUGCCUGUUGCUGAUGUGUUCGGCGGCAAGUUGUGUAGCCUUAGCUGCUACAAGGUGCCUGUGGCCAAAGUGCCAGGCGGCGACUGAGGCGUUGCGAGCGCGCGCGCAACGGAGGCAGCGCCGAGAACAGGGAUGGCAUCGACGUAGAUCUUGAGGCUGGAGUGCAUAUUUUGAGCCGGGCUCUUAUCCAGCGUGCCUGGCGGAAGCGUCAGUUCAUUGAUGUUCCCGGUAAAACCCUGUUGCAGUUCCGGGCUGCAGACUUGACGAUGAUGAGCUGGUUGAAGAGACUUCGUCUGCAGAGCGGAAAUGGCAAGUUCUUCAGCAACCCACAGCGGAGAUGAGGCAGGAGACCCAGCGCUUGAUCCUUGCCCGCUUGUGCGGCAAUAUUGGGGACGCAACGCAUUCUGUCGAAGAGAUGGAGCAAUGCCCGCCUAUAGUUUUCACAGCUUGCAAAGUAGUGGGCGGGGUGAUGUGCAAAGCGCGCGCCCUGUCGCAAGGAGGCCGUGUUCUUGAAAUCGAUGGCGUGGGAGCCUAUACCAGUGUUCUGGCGGGCGCAGGUGGUGUGCUUAUUGGAGCGAUGGAGCUAGAAGCCGCUCGGCAAGGUCAUCUCGCCAUCAUUCUGUUGGCAACACCAUCGGCAACAGGUUUUUAUGCUCAUCUCGGUUACGCGUCCAUGGAAAGCUGCUCUCUGACAGCAGACCACGCAGUGCAACAAGCCUUGUAUUCAGUUUCAAUGCCAUUAUUAUUCGGCAUGUGGCCAUGAUGAAGCUCUUGCGAUGAAAGUGCCCGGGUUGCCUGUGAGUUGCCGAAGCAUGGUGAGUUAAAGGAAAAGAUAAACGAGAUAAAGAUACAAUAUCAAAAUGCAUCGGGCAUAUGCACAUGAUGUUAGCGCCGACUGAAGAAAGGCAGAGGUCCAG